GGCAAAAUGUGAGCACUCCGGUAUUCAGCAAUACUGCCUUUACAAAGGUUUCACAGAUGAGUGUAGUCGGUCAGCUUGUAACUUAGUCCAAUGAACUGCAAAACGUCAAGAUAACAGAAAUAAUGAACUUCAGAUUUGGGCAAAGUCAGAGAUGAGUGAGAAGGCCAAAGACAGGGAUAUGUGUGGUCUGCAAAGUUCUCCACCCUGCCUGGGAGCACUCCUGUAUAUCCUUAAUUGUUUUCUUUUGUUGCUGCUCCAGAAGGAGGCUCUUGGCUGUCCAGCUGCUUGCCAGCUCUGCACGGGGAGACAAGUUAGCUGUCGUAAUUUAGGGCUUUCAAGCGUCCCGCGGAACUUUCCAAAAACGACAAUUCUUGUGUACCUCAGUGGGAAUAAUAUAUCGCGUGUUACUCCACAUGAACUAAGAGGCCUUCGGAAGCUUGCUGCACUCUACAUGGAUAACUCCAGUAUUUUGUAUGUACACCCGAAAGCUUUUGUGGAACUCCCCAAACUGUACUACUUGCAUCUAAAUAACAAUAACAUUAAACGCCUGGAUCCAGGAAUCUUUGAAGGUCUUUCCAAUCUUCACUGUUUAUACCUUCAGAAUAACCAAAUAGCUUUUGUUCCCAGAGGAUUAUUCAGUGAUCUCCUUUCUGUUAGAUAUUUAACACUUCAAAGAAAUCGUCUCAGUGUCCUUGGAAGCGGGACUUUCUUGGGAAUGAUAAGCCUCCAAACACUUAACCUAGCCAAUAAUAAGAUUUCACGGAUAUCAGAUUCAGCAUUUCAUCAUCUUGAAAACCUUGCGUAUUUGUUCCUUGAAGGUAACAACUUAACACUUGUGCCAUCAAAUGCUAUUGGAAGGCUCAAAAAUCUUGAAAGACUUUCUUUGUCUCACAAUCCUAUCGGAUCAAUACAUCCUUUUGCAUUUAGAGGACUUAACAAGCUUAGAUAUCUGUCUUUAAAAAAUGUAAAGCUAAAAUGUAUUGCUGUAAAUGUUUUUUUUGGAUUAAACAACCUUAGCCAGUUAAUCUUAAGUAAUAAUGAGUUAGAAAAUAUCAGUUCCAGCACUUUUACUUUAUUGAACAAUUUAGUGUAUCUGCAGCUAGACAGAAAUAAGAUAACCAGUAUUGGUGAUGGUACCUUUGAAAAAAUGGGACAGUCACUUAAAAUGCUCAGUUUAGCAUUUAAUAAUAUUACAGAGUUACAACCUGAAGUGCUCAAGCCCUUAGUGUCUUUAGCUCAUCUACAGGUAAAUUAUAAUCCUUGGAACUGCAGCUGCAAAAUGCUUGGGUUACUUAACUGGAUAGCAUCAUCUCCUGUUUCUGUAAAAAUUCAUUGUCAGAAUCCCCUGAGUAUGCGUGGUAGGCCUUUGCAUUACAUUAGGUGGGCUCAGUUUGCAAACUGCAGUAGCCCUACUGCCAGCCCAGGGACAGCCAAGGGUCUGGGAUCUGCAGGUGUCCAUCACAGCACUACCACUUUGCUGAUGGCGUGGCAUAAGGGAAGCCAGCACAACACAUUCGAACAGUUUGUCAAUGCAGAAACCAAAUAUGUUGCUUUCGGGGAAGGAACUACAGUUACAUCUGCUAACCCAUUGCCCUUUGAAGAAAAUGCUGCUGAAAUUCCAUCACGGGCAACUACAGUACUAUCAACAUUGCCGGCGCAAAUACCAGCACAGAUUAUACCUGAUAACAGAACCGUAGAAGAAAAAGGGUUAUUUCCAACAGAUGCUGCUCCUGUAUCAUUAAAAACAUCCCUGCUUUGUUCACAACAGGUUGAAAACCUGAAUCAGGCUUUUGACAUUUUACUAGCCUUUUUUAUUCUGGCUUGUGCUGUGAUCCUCUUCUUAACCUGUAAAAUUAUUCACUUUAGGCAGAAACUAAAGGUUCUAGAAAACUCAGGGGAAAAGAGAAUAGAAUAUUACGGUUUUUAUCAGCCUGGCAGGUACAACAUAACUGACCCAGUGCAGUCUCUAACUCGGAAUUCAGUGGGGCGUUCAGAACUGGACCAAAUUAGGCUGCUCAAGCGAACAGCAUCUGAAAGUCAGGCACAGGUCAUAUUGUUUGAACAUUCAUCAUUGUAAUUUGUCUCAUUUGAUUUGACGUUAAUUUUAUGGGGAUCUGAAAUGUCAAGAAAUUAAGAACUCAAUUUUUCAAAAAAUAUCUUCACUGAUGAAAAUCAACUUGUUGAUAGAAUUGUGGAAAAUGGUAUAAUUUGGGCUCUGCAUCAUCUUUUGCUUCCUGAAUGUUUUGAAGUUUGUGUGUUUUUUUUUUUUUUUUUUUUUUUUUUUACUAGAUGACGUUUAAAUCUAACAUGAAUAGGUAUGUUACCCUCUGUCCUUGUUGCAGGAAUCAUGCACCUAUAACUCAAGUAUACGUGCAGUAUAAAGUAGACACAUAUUUAUUUUGAUUUUGCAGUACUUAAUGGCAUAAGUUUCUAUAGAAAUUCCAUAGCUAAGUUGAAGCUUGAAGCAAGAAAAACUUCAGUUUUUAGCAGGAUCAUGAAGCCAGGGAAUGAGGGAAAAAAAGCAACGCUUCAGUUAUUUAUUGUAAUGCAGUUUCUACUUUGCCUCUAUUAAUCAUCACAGUGGGGAAAAAAGUAAGCAUAUUUAUGUCUAGCAUGUUCAGACUCUCAAGGAAAAGAAACAUUUAAAAGGAUACAAACUUUAUUCAUACCUAUGACGUAUUUUAAUAUAAAAAGUUGUGUAUUCAGUCUGUAUAAUGAAUAUAUUAAAGUGAAUUUUUUUUUUAGUGCAUAUUUGUAUCAUUUCGUGAUAAUACCUGAAACUGGAGUUAAUAGGGAAACUAAAUUUCUAUUGGAUUGAAAAAUUGGCCAAGUUUAUUGUGUCUAAAGUAAUAAGAGCUGGUUAAUUGUUGUCAAUAAAAGAUAUUUUGUCAUCUAUACAGUAACAGCUUGAGGGAGUUUUUGUCUAGAUAAGAGGUAUAAACGGAAGAAAUAUACUACACUUUAAAUACAUAAUUCUAGAUUAAUUGAUGAAGAUAUUUACAUAUUUGCAGUGUGUAUUUGGAAGUGUCGGGUCAAAAUACGUUUUUGUAGCAAAGACCUAAUUGAAGACUUCAUUUUCAAAAGAUGGUUAUUAUUUUACUAUAUAGUUUGCAUUUGUUUUAACUUUUUAUUUCUAUUUUGAAUACUGGUGUUCUGUUUACAUUAUUGCAAGGCUAUGUCUAGUGUGUUGUAGCUUUAUUUUCAACCUGAAUUUCUGUGUUUGUUUUUUUUUUUCUUCAUUGUUACUGCAGUAAUUCAAGAAAAAGUAAUGAAAAUAUGUCCCAAAUAGUCCAAUCUUGCAAAAUUUUCAGGUAGCUGAAUAGGACUUACUUUUGUAGUCAUUGUUUGUCUCCUACAGGCCUGUGCCCUAGAAGCUUCAACCAUUUGGUUUAUAAGCAACAUAAUUUACAGUUAGAUUUUUGCUCAAGGGAAAAUGGAGAACGAUGUUUUGAUAGCCUGUCCUCCACGGGGUCUAUUUAAGUUACGUAGAAGUAUCUUGCUGUCCAGGAUCCAGCCUGGAGACCGGGCUGGAGACCGGACAUCAUUCUCCAGAUGAGCCAGAAUUGCCUCAAGGUUCUUGUUCUAGCCUGCCUGCUUUCUGCCAGUGUAACUCAUGUGUGGCCGUGUUGGGCUGCUCCCUGUUGUCCUGUUUGUCCAUCUCCAGGUCACUUCCAGGAAUGACUCAUGUUAUCUGCUACUAGUACAUCUAUAGGCCUUGACUGCACUGUGUGGGUGUGAAUGUGCAAGUGUGCCUCCGUUGUUGCUUGUUAUGUAUCUCUGUUGAAUUUAAUGAAGUAUCAAUUUACUAUAUCGUAAUACUAUAUUUUACUGUAAUUUACUGUAUAAUAAAUCAAAUAUUUCUGUUUUAUGGAACACUAAA